AUGUCUUCGUUAUUCAACUACAUUGGCCUAAGCAAGGCAGCACCGGCCGCCCAAGACGACAAUGCUCCAGUGCGCGCCCUGCCCGCCCCCUGGUACACCUCUCAGGAGAUGUACGAGCUCGAGCGCCGAGCCAUCUUUAGCAAAAAGUGGCUUCUCACAACGCACAAGCUCCGUCUCCAGGAGAAUGGCGAGUGGCUGCGGUAUGACAUUGCCGGCUUCGAGUUCAUCAUCUGCCGUGACCGCCAGGGCAACAUCAACGCCUUCCACAACGUCUGCCGUCACAGAGCGUUCCCCAUUGUCACCGCGGACUCGGGCCGCAACCACGUCUUCUCGUGCAAGUACCACGGCUGGUCGUACGGCCUGAACGGCAAGCUCGCCAAGGCCCCCGGCUACCAAGAGCUCGAGGGCUUUGACAAGUCCCAGAGCAGUCUGCUCCCCAUCCACGUGCACAUUGACGACAAGGGCUUCAUCUGGGUGAACCUCGAUGGCGGCGCGCGGCCCGAGGUUGCCUGGAAGGACGACCUUGAGGGCGUCGACACCCAGGAGCGGUUCGACUUUUACAACUGGGACGACUACCAGUUCGACCACACCUGGGAGAUGGAGGGCGAGUACAACUGGAAGAUCCUGGCCGACAACUACAACGAGUGCUACCACUGCAAGACAUCCCACCCGGACAUCCCCUCCAUCGCCGACCUCGAGAGCUACCGCGUCGAGACAAAGGGGGGGCACAUCCAGCACUUUGGCAACCCGACGCCCGAGCAGAUUGCCAAGGGGUUCCGAGUGGCCGCCUCCUACUACUUCCCCAACGCUUCCAUGAACGUCACACCACACUUCUUCAUGAUCCAGCGCUUCGUCCCCAGCGGGCCCAACAACUCCGUCAUGCGCUACGAGGUCUUCCGCAACAAGAACUCGAGCGACGAGGACUUUGAGCUCAUCACGUCCAUGUACAAGCGCAUCAUGUCCGAGGACAAGUACCUCUGCGCCAACGCCCAAAAGAACCUCAACACGGGCGUCUUUGUCAACGGCGAGAUGCACCCGCGCAUGGAAAAGGGGCCCCUCUACUUCCAGCGCCUCGUCCGCGAGCACAUGGUCGCCCACCACAAGCGCGAGCAGGACGCCGGCCGCGAGAUCUGGCCGUCCCGCCAGCAGAUCCCCUCGUCCGCGACGGCGAGCAACAAUGACAUGAAGCUGUGCAGUGCCCUGGACUGCCCGGUCGCCAACAAGGAGGCGCUGGCGUUCUGA